AUGGACUUGUAUAUGGAGGCCUUAAAUGGCUUAGGAUCAUGGAUUCAGAAGAUCAUCUUAAAAUCUGAUUUCGGGGAAGCCAUUGGUGCAAUUCACAAUGACAUGCCCCUUCACCACCCUAACAUUGGAAUUAUGGUUGAAAUUCAAGCACUUUUGGCUUGGGAAUGGAUGGUGGUGGUAGGUAAAUGUGAAAUAAACGACAGAGAAAUGGAUCCGGACGGCAACAAAUCAGCAGCAGUACUACAAGAGAUUUCUCAGCGUCGAUUGCACAUUGGCGUCAUGAGACGAGAUUGGAACGAAGUCGUGCAGAUUUUCAAGGAGAAUCCAGAGAUUCACGCCACGAAGAUCAAUGAUAUGGACGACACUGCGUUGCACUCGGCGAUCACCAACGGGGCUUCAGAAACCAGCGUUAAGGAGCUCGUUGAUGAAAUAGUAACGACUAAGCAUAAUACCAUGGAGGCUCUCAGAGCUGGAAAUAAACGACAAGAUACUCCUUUGCACUGUGCAGCCUCACGAGGCUCGUCCUUCAUGUGUCGUCAGAUAUUACGUGUCGAUAAAUCAUUGGUUCGUGAGAGCAACAUUGACGGAGAGACACCUCUCUUCUUGGCUGCUUUAAACGGUCAUAAAGAGACGUUCCUUUAUCUCCACUCAGUUUGCAGAAACAUGCACACAGCGUCGUCAAUUCCCCUCUGGAAAAGAAAUAAUGGAGAUAGUAUACUUCACUGUACUAUUCACAGGAAAUACUUUGAUUUGUCAUUCCAAAUAAUUAACCUUUAUAAAGACCGAAGCAUUGGAAGCAGUUUCAAUGAUGAAGGACACAUACCUCUGAAUGUCCUUGCUUCUAUUCAAUCUGCUUUUAAAAGUGGAACGCGUCUAUCUUUAUGGAACAAGCUCCUUUACCACUUGAUUCGUGUAGAGAAGCUCAAGUUUGAUCCUCCGGUGGAGUCCCAUGUUGUAGACGUUGAAAAUACUGAAGCGCAAUAUCAGACCCAGUUCAUAAAAAGUGCAUAUUUUUGGUCUCAAGGCACCUAUCGAAAAAUUAAAGAGAAGCACGUUUGGGGUGAGCAACUCAUGGAAGAGCUUAUAAAACAAGAUGCAUGGUACAAGUAUAAGGCAAAUGCUAUGGAACUUCGGAAAAAUGUGAAGGAAAAACAUGACUUGAGUUAUGUGCCAUAUUAUCACCACAUGGAUAGGGAAGUGCAGAAAGGAAGAGUCAAAAGAUCAACAGCAUUGUUAAUUGCAGCUAAAAAUGGUCUGAUUGAGCUUGUGAACAAAAUUUUUAACUGAUAUCCCGGUGUCUGCCUAUGACCAAAAGACAGAGAUGAAGAAUGUAGUCCACGUGGCAGUAGAGGAAAGGCAAAGCCGUGUUUUGAAGGCAGUGAUGAAACACCCACUUUGGAAUGUAUGGACAGAAAAAGUAGAUGUGAAUGGGAAUAAUGCAUUGCACUUGGCAGCACAACUGUCAAAAUAUACAGGCUGGGAAAUACGUGGCUCUGCUAUGCAAAUGCAGUGGGAAGUUAACUGGUUUGAGUAUGUAAAAGAAAAUGUGCCAUCAUACUUCAUUUCCCAAGUUAAUGUAAAUGGCCAGACUCCGGCGGAAAUCUUCGCCGACCAACACAAGGAUCUCGUUUCGGAAUCUGACAAAUGGGUGAAAGACACGACAGGGUCUUAUAUUGUGGUGUCUACACUCAUUGCAGGUGUUUCAUUUUCCACAUGCUAACAAGUUCCUGGAGGUUAUGACACAUCUGGAAAACCCAACUUGGAAGUUCACCAUCUGUUCCAAAUAUUUACUACAGCCACAUUGAUUUCAUUUUGCUUCUCUAUCACUUCGUUGGCUGCUUUUCUGGCCAUUUUUGGCUCUUGAAAGGAAGAACCAAAAGGGUUUCUGAGAAAUUUUCCAUUGAAGCUUUGCUUGGGCUUGUCUUCAUUCUUUGUGUCUACUGUCUCAAUGUUGUGAUGGACCCCAUGGCAUGGGUGACAUAGCAUUAAUGGCAACGAAGCCUGAGAAUGGUAAUCAUGAACAUGGUGACAUAGAAGGAGCUCAAUACUUUUAAUCCAACGUACCUAAAGACCCAUUACAACAUAUUGGAGGUCCAAUGACAAGAGCCUGAACCAAAGCCAUGAAGCAAGCCUUGUUCAGUCUUGUGCAAGAAGUUCAAGAGCUUGGAGAGUAUUGGGGCACUCCUCUCAAGCCUAAAGGAGAGCAUCUAUAUGUGUAUAAUGUAUUUAAGAUCCAAACUCAUGAAGAGUUAAGCCCAAGAGAUGAAGACCUUAGCCCAAUGUAAGGAAGACUACAAGUUGAGCCUCUUGCAAGCAAGGAGGCAUGAAACCCUAGUAAAGAAGUCAAGGGUGGCGUGAUUUUAAAUCCUUUAUGAUCCCUUGAUUGUCUC